CGGGUCGUCUUCAAUUGCAGAGAAAAUAAACAUCAAUGGCUGCUCCAAGUGUACAGGAAGUUCUACCACCAUCUCUGGAUUCUACUUCCCAACCCCCGUCUCUCUUUGAUGGAACUACCAGGUUGUAUAUCAGUUAUCAAUGCCCCUAUGCUCAACGUGUGUGGAUUACCAGGAAUGUUAAGGGCUUGCAAGACAAGAUCAACUUAGUUCCAAUUGAUCUUCAGAACAGGCCUGAUUGGUACAAGGAAAAAGUUUACCCCUCAAAUAAGGUGCCAUCCCUGGAGCACAACAACAAAGUGAUAGGAGAGAGUUUGGAUCUGGUUAAAUAUAUUGAUAGCAACUUUGAAGGACCAUCACUUUUACCGGAUGAUCCUGAAAAGCAGAAAUUUGCUGAAGAAUUGAUAGCUUAUAGUGAUACAUUCGUCCCAGAAAUAUAUAGAUCGUUCAUGAGAGAUGCACAGACACUGGCUGGUGCACAAUUCGAUUUCCUAGAAAAAGCUCUCGGCAAAUUUGACGAUGGACCUUUCUUCCUCGGUCAAUUCAGUCAGGUUGACAUAGCAUAUGUUCCAUUUAUCGAAAGGUUUCAAAUUUUCAUGCCAGCGGGGUUUAACUAUGACAUUACAUCCGGGAGGCCUAAACUAGCCAAAUGGAUUGAGGAAAUGGACAAGCUUGACGGAUACAAGCAAACAAAGGUCUUGGAACCGGAGAAACUGGUUGAAUACUACAAGAACCUCUUUCUGAAGGCUUGAAACUUCAAAAAUGCAUUGAUCAAUCACUGGUGAAAGUUACAUGGGAUAGUUCUUUGGUAUCAAAUAUGUUGUGGAAUUCUAUAAUGUUAUGCAUCGGUAAUAAAUUGCCUCUAUGUUUUUCUUCAUCUGUAGUGUUUGGUAUUUGUAUUUUCCUGUUAGAGAGUCUUGUAUUAUCAUUAGAUGUAACUUUCAUGUAUCUGUAAUUUCACGAAUGAUCAUUCAACUUUUAUUUUUCGAUUUUA